CUACCCAUGUCAUUUCUUUGCAAUUAUCCUCUCCAAAAAAAAAAAAAAGAAAAUCAAGGGGCAUUGUAGUCCAUGGAAUUGGUCUACCUCAAGAAAAGGUAACAGUAUAUAUGCAUACUUCUACUAUAUCUACUUAACUUAUAUUCCAUCACAUACAAGAACAUAUGCCACAGUAAAAAUUAGAACAUAAAGUACUAUCCUUCCCCAUUGCCACCCCUAUACCACAUAGGUCUCUCCCCAAAAUGAAAAAAAUUUCCUUGCAAGAUUCUGUCACUUUCCCAGGAAAAACAUCAGAAUUCGCCGGCGAAUGCUGGUUCGACGACGCAUGCAUACUCAAUAUGGAUUAUUUUGUCAAGACAUUAGCUGGCAUAAAGGCUAAAGGUGUACGUCCUGACCUCAUUGGCUCAAUCAUUGCACACUAUGCAUCAAAAUGGCUACCGGAACUAUCCGGGGAUGGUACUGCUACUGAAAGAGGACUUACCAACUUUGAAGAAUCACCGGAAAGUGUAACAGCUUCAUGGAUGAAAAAGAGAUUUUUCGUUGAAACCUUAGUGGGUGUUUUGCCACCGGAGAAGGAUUCAAUCCCAUGUAACUUCUUGUUGCGACUUCUUCGGACGGCGAACAUGGUUGGGGUCGAGCCUACUUAUAGAGCUGAGCUUGAAAAGAGGAUUUCAUGGCAACUAGACCAAGCUUCACUUAAAGAGCUAAUGAUACCAUCUUUUAGUCACACUUGUGGGACAUUGCUAGACGUUGAGCUAAUGAUUCGGUUAGUGAGAAGGUUUGUUAAUUUAGAUGAGGCAGCUAAAAGUGGUGGUGGUGGUGCUGCUUUAGUUAAGGUGGCUAAGCUUGUCGAUUGUUACUUGGCAGAAGCUGCGGUUGAUGCCAGUCUGAGUUUGUCUGAGUUUGAUGAUCUUGCUUCUGCUCUCCCUGGCCAUGCUCGUGCUAAUGAUGAUGGUUUAUACCGUGCCAUUGACACCUAUCUCAAAGCCCAUCCUGCAGCAUCAAAGCAAGAAAGGAAGAUGCUCUGUAGACUAAUUGACAGUAGAAAGCUAUCCCCUGAAGCAUCACUUCAUGCCGCUCAAAAUGAAAGGUUACCUGUUCGUGCUGUAAUCCAAGUUCUUAUCUCUGAACAGAACAAGCUCAACCGACAAAUUGAUUGGAGUGGCUCAUUCAGUAGAAGCCCGAACCCUGGAUUUGACCCUCCAGGUCGGUGCUAUUCGAAACGCGAAAUGAAUGCUCAACAGAUGGAGAUAAAGAAGUUAAGAGAAGAUGUACUCAGGCUACAAGGGCAGUGCCAUGCAAUGCAAAUGCAAAUGGAAAGGAUGGUGGAGAAGAAGAAAGGGUUUUUCAGGUGGAAGAAGUUCGGUAUUAUUUCUACAUUCAAAAGUACUGUCAGCGUUGUUGAUCAGAAGAUUGAAGAAGGUGAUGGAGAAGGAGAGAUUGGGUUCGGAAGGCAGACACCUGUGGACAUGAAGACUAAGCUGAUGAAACGUAGGACUCCUCCUCGAUGGAGAAAAUCAAUGUCCUGAACAUAUCAUGUGGAGGAAGAAGAUGAAUAAUAACGACUCUAAUUUAGCUUAAUUAUAGUGUUAUGUUGUUAUAUUUAUUCUGCUGAAUUUUAUUAGUUUGUGACUUGAGAAAGAAUGUAAUUAGUUUCAAUUGGUAUACUAUUUUUGUUUGAGCAAA